GCGAAGGGUAGGAAAAAAUGGAAAGCCCAACCAACAAAGGGGAAUAUAGAUGGAGAAAGAAAGCAAGUGGGGCCCAUCCAACGCACACUCAACUAAAAAAACUAGAAGAGGCAGAGCAGGAGAGUUGCAUUCAAGCCUAAGCAAACACAAGUAUCCCCAUACUUGUCGGCAACAUUUCCUAUUUUCACCUCUUUCACUUUCACCGAUACACACAAAUCUAUAUAUACACACACUCACCGAGUUCAUUAUCACCUCACUUCCACUUUCUAUGCACAGCUCAAAUUGGUGAGACAAGAAUUUGAUUGAGGAGAAACAAGAAAACAAGAAGGCUUUGAUUUCUGGUUUAUUUCUGAGUCUUUAAGACUGGAUUCAAUGUUGGUCCAAGAUCGUGUAAACCCGAAAGGAGAGCCUGGAUCAAAAUCAACGAGCCGUCAUCCAAGUCGCUUCUCGGAGUCCAAAUCUCUUGAUUUCUCCACUUGGGUCAAUGAUAAUCUUUACAAAGUCUUCAUUGUGGGGUUGCUGAUUGCCACUGUUGUAGCGCUUUUCUUUCUCCGCAACGCGGGUGACUCGGCUGCGCUUCUUUGCUUUCAGUCUCAGGCGAAACCCAUUGAGAAAACUUUGCAUUUUCCGGCUGUGGAUUGGACUAAAGUUGAGGAAAUUCGAGAUAAAUCAACCCCUUAUGCUAAUUUCCAAUCGGAGAAUUGGAUUGUGGUGUCUGUGGAGAGUUAUCCGACUGAUUCAGUUCGCAAUCUUGCCAAGAUUAAGGGAUGGCAGGUUCUAGCAAUUGGGGAUUCCAGGACUCCGGAUGAUUGGAGCUUGAAAGGUACUAUCUUUUUGUCUCUGCAGCAGCAAGCUAAAUUAGGGUUUAGGGUUGUUGAUUAUUUGCCUUAUGGUUCUUUUGUUAGAAAGUCUGUUGGGUAUUUGUUUGCAAUUCAACAUGGGGCGAAAAGGAUCUUUGAUGCUGAUGAUCGCGGUGAGGUGAUUGGUAAUGAUCUGGGGAAGCAUUUUGAUGUGGAUUUAGUUGGAGAAAAUGCUAGACAAGAGGUUAUAUUGCAGUAUGGUCGUGAAAAUCCUAAUAGGACUGUUGUGAAUCCGUACAUUCAUUUUGGGCAGAGGUCGGUUUGGCCGAGGGGAUUGCCAUUGGAGAAUGUUGGUGAUAUUGGUCAUGAAUUGUAUUAUAAUCAAGUGUUUGGUGGGAAGCAAUUUAUUCAACAGGGAAUAUCUAAUGGUCUUCCUGAUAUUGAUUCGGUGUUUUAUUUUACUAGGAAGCCAGGUUUGGAUGGAUUUGAUAUUAGGUUUGAUGAACGUUCUCCAAAAGUGGCGCUGCCACAAGGUGUUAUGGCGCCAGUUAAUUCUUUUAAUACUAUGUACCAUUCAUCGGCAUUUUGGGGUCUGAUGCUUCCUGUUUCUGUAAGUUCAAUGGCUUCUGAUGUAUUGAGGGGUUAUUGGGGCCAGAGGCUUUUAUGGGAAAUUGGUGGUUAUCUUGUUGUAUAUCCCCCUACUGUACAUAGGUAUGAUAGAGUUGAAGCUUACCCUUUUUCUGAAGAGAAAGAUCUUCAUGUAAAUGUUGGUCGUUUAAUUAAGUUUUUGAUCUCCUGGAGAUCAAGUAAGCAUAGAUUUUUUGAGAAAAUUUUGGAGCUGAGUUUUGCAAUGGCUGAGGAAGGCUUUUGGUCGGAGAAGGAUGUGAAGUUUACUGCUGCUUGGCUUCAAGACUUGAUUGCAGUUGGGUACAAGCAGCCCAGGCUGAUGUCCCUUGAAUUGGAUAGGCCACAGGCAAAUAUUGGUCAUGGAGACAGGCAGGACUUUAUUCCUCAAAAGUUACCGUCAGUUCAUCUUGGAGUUGAUGAAAGUGGAACAGUAAAUUAUGAAAUCGGAAAUUUAAUUAGGUGGAGGAAGAACUUUGGGAAUGUAGUGCUUAUAAUGUUCUGUACUGGCCCUAUUGAGCGUACUGCUUUAGAGUGGAGAUUGCUCUAUGGAAGGAUAUUUAAGUCGGUCAUUAUUUUGUCGGAGCAGAAAAAUGUAGAUCUUGCUGUUGAAGAAGCCAAGCUUGACCAUGUAUACAAGCAUCUCCCAAACAUAUUGAAUAGAUUUACGAGUGCAGAAGGGUUCCUGUUCCUCCAAGAUGAUACUAUUCUUAAUUACUGGAACUUAAUACAAGCAGAUAAGGAUAAGCUCUGGAUUACAAACAAGGUGUCCAAGUCCUGGAGUUCUGUUCCAGUUUCUGGGAAAUCGGAUUGGUUUGUGCAACAAGCAGAAAUGGUGAAGAAAGUUGUUGCUACUAUGCCAGUUCACUUCCAAGUUAGUUAUAAGGAAUCAAUGAAGAGUGACAUGACCCUUACCUUAUGCAGUUCUGAGGUAUUUUACAUACCUCGUAGAUCUGUAGCUGACUACAUUGAUCUUGUGAAUCUAAUUGGCCAUCUAGAUAUGCAUCAAAAGGUCGCAAUACCCAUGAUCUUUUUAGCAAUGGAUUCAGCAGAUAACUUUGACUCCAUCUUCAAUUCAAUGGUAUAUAAGCGAAAACAGCCUUCUAAUUCCUCAACAUUCUAUUCGCCGGAAGCAGCUGCUGUUCACCCAUGGAAUGUCUCGAGUGAGCAAGACUUCAUAAAGCUCAUAAGAAUAAUGGCAGCAGGCGAUCCUCUUUUAAUGGAGUUGGUAUAAGUUCUAGAUGCAGAGAAGAGUGUCAACACUUGUUGAAACUUCGCACACAUCACUUGUAACACUUAGACCAAAGCCUGAAGCUUUUUGUACAAUUCCUUCAAAAGGAAGCAUUAGAUUGUAGAGACGUCCUCUGUUGUUUAUAUCUUCGGGGGAUAAAGAUUAUGUAGGGAUGCUCCUUUUUGACAAUAUAAACUGUACAUUUUUUGUACAAUUAAAGAAUUGGUCUUUCUCCCUGUA